GCCUGGUCGUUUCUCUUUGCACUAAGAAAUAAGGAAAAUAUACCACAAAAACUGGAACACAAACAUACGCGUUUGGGUGAGAGAGAUAAGGGUUAAAAAGAACAUUUGGAGAGUUUCACUAUGGAAGAAAAUGAUCACAGCAACAGAGAUGUGGAGCGCCAGGAUUCGGGCGAUGAGUCCAAUAGAGCUAUUCUACCCCUGUUGCAGGCUCCUGGAAACCUACUCCCUCACAGAAUCACCAACUUUUACAUCGACAACAUUUUGAGACCAGACUUUGGUCGCAGGAAAGAAGGAACCGGGCGCGACGAAAUUAAUAUAGUAGAAAGAGAGAACCGCUGUCCAUCGGCUCCCGGAUCAGGGCAGGUAGGAGCUCCAGUGUCAGGGGAAGGAACCUCGAGCCCUCAUCCAGUGAGCGCGUCUAAAAAAACUGAUAUUACCGCGGACGCACCUCUGAAACCCCGCGCAGAGACUGGAGAUCAAUGUUUAAGCUCAGAUUCGGAUUGCUCGCAAAGUAACGCUGCGCAGACGAAACAACCAAUACUUUGGCCGGCUUGGGUAUAUUGCACAAGAUAUUCAGACAGACCUUCAUCAGGACCAAGAUCCCGCAAACCAAAGAUGCAAAAUCCAACCAAGGAAGACAAGCGUCCGAGAACAGCCUUCACAGCAGAACAACUCCAGAGACUCAAGAACGAAUUCCAGAAUAACCGUUACCUGACGGAGCAGAGGAGACAAGCACUGGCCCAGGAACUCGGCCUCAACGAGUCUCAAAUCAAAAUCUGGUUUCAAAACAAAAGAGCGAAGAUUAAAAAAGCGUCGGGGAGCAAAAACUCGCUUGCAUUGCACCUGAUGGCACAGGGACUAUACAAUCACGCCUCAGCAACAAAGGACGACAAAUCAGACAGUGAUUAACGUGAAGGACAGGACAUCUGAAAUGCAAUAAUUCUAAACAAGGGCCAGUGUACAAAAUACCAGCAUUAA